CGAACUGCCUGCAACAGAGAGCUGACUGACUGCUUGUUUUAGAGUAGCGUUAGCUAGCUAGGAACACUGUUUCUUUUAGGGUGAUUUAGUGAACAAAAAUACCACGAAGUUUCCUUGUGUCAUUUUCACAACUUUUUUGUACUUUUUUAGAGUUGUUUGACUUUUCACAUUUCAUAAAUUUGCCGAUACACAGCGUUUCCUGUCGGCUCUGACAACUGCCGGGGGAAGCUGUCUGUCACGGAUGUCUGACAAUAACGAAAGUAAUUAUUUAAAAGCUCAAGGGGAAGGACCUAUAAAGGUAUCCCACAUUUUCCCGAAUGGUGACAGAUAUGAGGGGGAGUGCAGCAGGGCUGCAUCAGGGGUGAUGAUGAGGAGCGGUACUGGUAAACACACCUCAGCAGGUGGCACCAUAUAUACUGGAGAAUGGCUCGAAGACAAAAUGCAUGGCCAAGGGACCUUGCAGCAUCCCUCUGGAGCACUCUAUGAAGGAGAAUUUAAAGACAACAUGUACCAUGGCAUGGGAACAUAUACCUUCCCAGAUGGCUGUAAUUACAAAGGUCACUUUCACAAGAACAGGUUGGAAGGAGACGGGACAUUCACUGACACACAGGGACUGGUAUGGAUGGGCGAGUUCCAUGGCAAAGCAGCGCUGGGCCUGAGAAUGCAGCACAACAUUUAAGCAAAACAAGCAUUAUUGUUACUGCACUUCAUAAAAUACAUUGUUUGUUCUACGAGAAAAUUAAACUAUUUUACUAAAAAUGUACAUGCUUUGUCUCUGUCUAUGGGAAACAUAUAUUUGGGUUAACUGUUGUUAACCCAAAGGUCACACACCCAUGUGUUUCUGUGUAUUGGGGGUUAAAUAUUCUCGUGAGUCACUCUCAGCUGUAUGUGUCUCCUUCUUUACUGAUGUAAAGUGUCUCUUUGUGUAAGCCUAAUUUCACUCAGAAAAUGCCACACUGGGGUUAAUUUUUGUAUGGCCCUUGGUCACGCUGCUUUUAUGUUUCUGUGAGAGGGAAGGUGUAUUACAAGCUACACUAUGUAGCGAACUUAAAUAAAUCCAGAAA